UGAGCUUCCAGGAAGAAUAUUGAUUUGCAUCCGUAUCAAUGUUUAUGAUCUGAAUUCUGCCGUAUUUUUUCCAAUGCAAAGACCGUAGACAGAGCAGAGCAGGUCACCACUCGGCUCGGUGUGACCAGACGACACCACUGGAGAAUCGUUAUGAGAGAGACGUUUCAAUAUCUACUGCUUGGUCUUCUCCUCAUAGCUGCUGUUGGCUCUGCCUGUGUUCCUUUACAGUGUCUGAGAUGUAACCUCACAGACCUGACUCAACCAGGUAACAUCUCAGGCCACCAACCGUGGAACGCUUCCUGCAUUCAGGAUGAUCUAUAUGCAAAUAUUUCAUCAAAAUUCAAAAAAGACUUAAAGGUCUCUUCCAACCGCAAUGAAACUGAAAUUGAUGAGGGCAAAGACAUCCAGCUGAAUUGUGUCCAUGACCUCGAAAAGCUGGUGUCGUUGUCCGGAUGGAAGAAGGACGGGGAGGAAAUCUUGAAGAAACAAAACAAGACCACGUUAAGCCUCAAUAAAGCUUUGGCGCAUAUGUCGGGCAAGUACAGCUGCUAUGUGAAAAGCCCAUGUGGCGAUUUGGAGUCCGAGCCACAUGAUCUCAAAAUUAAAAACAACAGCAUGAUCCUCCUCCUCGUCUGUGGGAUUUCAGCUUUGGCCCUGGUCGUGACUAUGGGACUGGUGCUGAAGUACAAGCUGAAACGAGACAGCGCAAAACACAAAGAGAGGCUGGAGAUGAGGAACCAGGCGGCGAGGUCUGGAGGUCCAAAUCCAAUCGGGCCGAGGGUCUAAACUCACUCUUUCAAAAUGAAUCAGUGCUAAUACUGUUUCACAAUCUGCUAUCAUAGUAUUUCAUAUAGAAAUAAAACUUCUUUA